GCGGUACUUCCGUCUAUCUGGACCGGAAAGAAGAAGAAAAACUUAAUAGUAUGACCACUCUAUCGCGGAACAUCGCGUGGACUUUGGCAAGAUUCAAACUGGUUUGCGGAAAGAAACCGUUUUUAUCCCUGUUCUUUUCCAGACACUAUUGUUCAAACCGCACGAAAGGAUCGCAGCAGCGCGCUGGAGCUGUCCAAAAGGGCUUUCUUCAUAGAGAAGCUGCUCUCAGCUGGUUUUCAUCAAUUGGUUGCGUUUCAGCUGUUCAGUUGAACAGGAGAAUCAGCAUGUUUUCCAGCUCAACGUCACACAGGAUGGUGUGGGUGGACCUGGAGAUGACAGGUUUAGAUGUUGAGAAGGACCAAAUCAUUGAAAUGGCCUGCAUCGUCACAGACUCUGAUCUGAACAUUAUAGCAGAGGGACCAUCCAUAAUCAUCAACCAACCAGAAAUGCUUCUGGAUGGAAUGUCGGACUGGUGUAAAGAGCAUCAUGGAAAGUCAGGACUGAUCCAGGCUGUCCAAAACAGUAAAAUGACCCUGGGACAAGCAGAGUAUGAAUUUCUGUCCUUUGUCAGGCAGCACACUCCACCUGGACAAUGCCCCCUUGCUGGCAACUCUGUGCAUGCAGAUAAAAGGUUCCUGGACAAGUACAUGCCACAAUUCAUGUACCAUCUUCACUACAGAAUCAUUGAUGUCAGCACCAUCAAAGAGCUCUGCAGACGGUGGUUCCCAGAAGAAUUCAAGAUGGCACCUCAUAAGAGCGCAACCCACAGAGCCUUAGAUGACAUCAAGGAGAGCAUUAAGGAGCUGCAGUACUACAGAGCCUGCAUUUUCAAAGCACCAUCAGAGGAAAAGAAACAAGAAAAUGCUGGCAAUAAAAGGAAUUAGUUCAUGAA